CACACCACAAGAUGGCGGACAGGGAUCAGGCAGGGUGAGAGUGUGCGUGUGCGCAUGCGCGUGAUGAGGCUGGUGGAUCAGUGUGUUGAUCAGGGAGCAGGAUCAGGAUCAGGUUGAGGAUCAUGUCUCUUCUCUGUACACCAGGUAAUAAACAGCAGGUCAUUACAGCGUCUACACGAUCACAUGGAUGAAGAUGGAAAUAAUCGCGAGACGAGCGGUGAGAAACGUGAGGAGAACCUCGGAGAUGAACCUGAACUCAGACUCGUGCUCAUCGGCCGGACAGGCUCCGGAAAAAGCGCAACAGGAAACACCAUCCUGGGACGGCGUCACUUCCUGUCUGAGCUGAGAGCCAGCUCUGUGACGCAGGUGUGUGAGCAGGGAAGUGCUGAGGUAGCUGAGGAUGAGAUUUAUAAACACACCAAGGUGUUGGUGGUGGACAUGCCAGGAUUUGGAGACACUCGCUCAGAUCCUGAUCAGGUUCACACAGAGAUCGCCAGGUGUGUGGCGCUGAGUGCUCCCGGUCCUCACGCCUUCCUGCUGGUCAUUCAGCUGGGACGCUACACAGAAGAUGAAGACCGAGCUGCUCAGGAGAUGCUGCGAGUGUUCGGCGAGGCUGCUCUACAGCGCCACACGGUGAUCGUGUUUACCCGCGGUGACGAUUUGGAAGAAAGUGGCAGUGAUGUGGAGUUGUUUCUGGGUCCUGAUGCUCCAAAAGCUUUGAGAUCUUUACUGGAAACUUGUGAAAGAAGAUACCAUGUCCUGAACAACAGGAACCUGGAGAACAGGAAGCAGGUGAAGGAGUUGCUCAGAAAAGUGGAACAGAUGGUGGAGGAGAAUGGAGGGCAGUGCUACACCAGCGCAAUGUUCCAGGAGGCAGAGCUUGCUAUCCGUGAAGAACAGGAGAGGCUGAUGAGCCAGGGGGCUGCAAACGUGGAACGAGCCAAGAGGAGGAAGAAAGACUGUGAGGAGGAACCAGAGGAGAUGUGGGUAGAGGAGAGAUCAGCUGAGAGGUGGUGGUUGCUGAUGGAAGGAUUUAGGAAAUGGAAAGAUAGUAGGAGGAGAAGAAGAAAGGGUGGGCUGGAGUCUCUCCGCACUGAAGCAGCACUCUCACCAAAGGUUCUAGAGAGGGUGAAAAUCUUAGUGGCAGCAGGAGCUACGGGAUUUGCGGUGGGGGCAGUGUGUGGCGCUGUUGCCCCUUUUGCUUUUGCAGUAGGAGCCUCUGUGGUGAGUAGUUCCAUAGGUAUCACUGCAGGUGUGGCUGGAAAUACAGCUGUAGCUGUUGGAGCAGCGAUGGGUGGGGUGGUGGGUGGUGCUAAUGGGGUUUUAGUUGGAGUAGAAGCAUCAGCACCUGGGGAGGCAGCACUUGAAACUCUGGAGCAGGUAGGUGUGAUGGGGGUCACAGUGGUGGGUGGGGCUGCGGUGUUGGGGGUGGGGGCAGGGCUUGUAGGGGCUGGGCUUGAGGCUGGUGCUGCUAUAACCGGAGCUGAAACAGCAGCAGCAGCAGGAGCAGGAGCUGCACCACAGGCACUAGGGGGAGCUGUAGUUGAGGCUAGCAGUGGUCUAACAGCAGAAACCAGCGGACGCAUUUUAACUGCAGUGUCGGCGAUCGGAAGAGUCGCAGCUGGAGCCGUGCUGGCUGGAGGACUGGUGGUGAAGGUGGUGAAGGAGAAAGUUCGCUCGGCGACUGAAUGCACAGAGAGAAAGUCGUAUGAGAUUUACUGGAAUAAGCAGUAGGCGGAGCUACACAGGCUGGUGAUGUGUGUUAUUGCAGUACUGGCAUAAGCUUUCAUUACUGUAGUGCCAUCUUAUUACAUGCUAGUAUCUUCUCAGCGCAGAUAAACACCCUGUAUUGGUUUUGGGCUUUUUCAUAGUCAAGAUAGCUACUUAGCGUACACCGCUAGCAUAUAAACUAACUCGAGAUCCUGAAGGAGUUCAGCCUCCAGCACGGGUUCACACGCUCAGGCAGAACUGGUGAAAACAGUUAGAUCACCUUCUCCCAGGAUCACACACUCGACCCUCACUCAGAAGGAAACAGUUUUCACCAUCACCUUGAUAAUCUAUUUUCUGUCCACAACAUGCUGUAAGUGAAGCUGAAUUGAUCAGAACAUGAUCUGAAAUGUGAUUAAUAUUCAGAUUAUUACUUUAAUUUACACAGAAAUUGUAGAAUAAAUUGAAGGAGACGUGGAAAUGCCCUUAAUGUUUAUUGAUUUGACGAUUAUCGAAUAUUUUACAAAUAUAAGUACAUUAAGUGCAUUUCCACGUCUCCUUCAAUUUAUUCUACAAUUUCUGUGUAAAUUAAAGUAAUAAUAUUAAUAUUAAUAUGAAUGAAAAAUCUUUUGUACUUUUCUGAGCCACAGUUGAAUGCAGUCUGUUCAUCCCAGUGUUUUAUUUUAUAGUUUUAAUGGAGGAUUAAACUUCUCCCAGUGCAUCACAUCAACAUAAAGGAAAAAUGAUGCUUUGCUUGAACCAUGUGCCUUCAAUAAACCACUGGAAAUAAAAAGUUA